AUGAAGUUCUCCAUCAUCUCGGUUGCCCUUGCAUCGGCCAUAACGGUCAACGCCCAUGGAUAUCUGACCAUUCCAUUCAGUCGUACAAGACUUGGCGCAGAGGCCGGCUUAGACACUUGUCCCGAGUGCUCCAUAUUGGAGCCCGUGACCGCAUGGCCCAACGUUACGGAAGCCAAGGUCGGCAGGAGUGGUCCUUGCGGCUACAAUGCCCGCGUCAGCAUCGACUACAACCAGCCAGCGAGCAACUGGGGUAACUCUCCUGUCGUGACGUACACUGCCGGCGACACUGUCGACGUCCAGUGGUGCGUUGACCACAACGGUGACCACGGUGGCAUGUUCUCCUACCGUAUCUGCCAAGACCAAGAGCUGGUCAACAAGUUCCUCACUCCUGGCUAUCUCCCGACCGAGGCGGAGAAGCAGGCUGCUGAGGAUUGCUUCGAGAAGGGCACCCUUCCCUGCACAGAUGUGAAUGGUCAAGCUUGCGACUUUAGCCCUGACUGCCAGCAAGGUCAGGCAUGCUGGAGGAACGACUGGUUCACCUGCAACGCCUUCCAAGCCGACAACCGCCGUGGCUGCCAGGGCGUCGACAACGCUGCUCUCGGAUCUUGCUUCACCACCAUCGCUGGCGGCUACACCGUCACCAAGAAGAUCAAGAUCCCCAACUACAUUUCCGGCCACACCUUGCUUUCCUUCCGGUGGAACUCCUUCCAAACUGCUCAGGUGUACCUCUCGUGCGCCGACAUUGCCAUUGUCGGCGACAGCGAGACCAAGCCCUCCACCACCAAAGUCUCUGCCACCGCCACGACUCUUGUCACCAGCAGCAAGACUGCCACCGCCUCUUGCACCCCCGCCGCCACCGUCGCUGUGACCUUCAACCACCUUGCCAGCACCAGCUACGGCGAGUCCAUCAAGCUCGUUGGCUCCAUCUCGCAGCUCGGCAGCUGGAGCGCCUCGUCCGGCGUUGCCUUGUCUGCCUCGCAGUACACCACCAGCAACCCGCUCUGGACUGCCACGGUCAAAAUCCCGGCGGGCACCAAGUUUGAGUACAAGUUCGUCAAGGUGUCUACUAGCAGCGGCGGUGGCGCCGUGACUUGGGAGAGCGAUCCCAAUAGGUCGUAUACUGUUCCUCAGAGCUGUUCUGAGUCGGUAACUGUGGAUUCGUCGUGGAAGUAG